AUGAAGCGCUUUCUGGGUUCUUUGAGCAGGCGCUCGAGCUCAAGCGACAGUGUAGACCACCGCGACGACUCACCAGAAGCCAUAAUCGCAAAAGAAUUGACUGCCUUCUGCGAAUCAAACAGCUCUUCGCAAGACGCGAACCAUCAAGGAAACGAGUUCGUGCACCUCCCCCAAAUAGUCGAAACAGCCGAAUCAAGCCCCAAUGCCGCCAAAGAAGCCGCCCUCCGAAUCCGCAAAUACCUCGCCGACCCAGCCGGAACCCCAAACCACGUCCAAUACAAUGCCCUCAUGAUAACCCGCAUCUUAGUCGACAACCCCGGCCACACCUUCACCCGCAACUUCGACACGAAAUUCGUUGCAACUAUCAAGGAGCUCCUCCGCGCUGGUCGCGACUGGCACGUGCAGAGCUACCUCCGUCAGUACCUGGAUACACUUGAGCAACAGCGCGGCUGGGACGAAGACCUCAAACUCCUGCUGCAGAUGUGGGCGAAGGAAAAAACGAAACCGCAGCGCGGACUGGUGAGCCUCUCUUAG